GAUACAAUUGACCAUAACUAUAAUAAUGAAAUAGAAGUAACACAAUCAAAGACAAAUCAAACGGUUAAUCUGAUCGAGGUAAAGGUGAAAAUUAUUAUUGAUACAAAAAAAACUAGUUCUAUGGGAAAAUGGUUUAUAUUUAAAGAGGAAGAAAUCAAUAAUUUCUACUCGUUUCAAUCGAGUUUAAAUAAUCAUAUACGAAAGUGUUUAGAUCUUCGAUAUAUUGACUAUGAUGAUUAUGAAGUAACCUAUAAAAUAAAUGGUCGAGGACAGGCUAUGUGUAUAAAUGAGAAAGAUGAUUUUUUGAAUUUUAUAGAAGAAUGUAAAGAACCUGAUAAUUUGGCAAAAAGAAUGUAUAUCUAUACUAAUGCCAGUAAUGACGAAAAUAAUAAAAAAAAAAAAUUAAAACCAAAUUAUACUCCUAAAGAAUCAGAUUUAAAUGAAGACGAAUAUAAUCAAGCUCAAGUUAUUAUGGAACUACGAAAUAAAUAUAAAUGUUCACAGCAUGUUACGCCAUGUUAUGUUGAAGAUGAACAUCAUCUCCAAUUAAAUGCGGCUCGCUUAACAUUAUGGGCUCACGAUAUAGUAUUACUCUAA